AAAUAGGAGCCAAUAGGCUGCGAGGGGCGGUUAUAAAAAGCUGGACGCGCUCUAAUCCGCUGUCGCCGCAGUAGAACUGAACCAAACCGGACCGGACCAGCUUCCUUCGCACCACAUCGCUCCAGCGGAACAGACCACAGCAGUCGCCAUGCCUUUCGGGAACACGCACAACAAGAUGAAGAUGAACUACUCGACCGAGCAGGAGUACCCCGACCUGAGCCAGCAUAACAACCACAUGGCCAAGGUGCUCACGCUCGAAAUGUACGCCCAACUGCGGAAAAAGGAGACGCCCAGCGGCUUCACCCUGGAUGACGUCAUCCAGACCGGCGUGGACAAUCCAGGUCAUCCGUUCAUCAUGACGGUGGGCUGCGUGGCGGGAGAUGAGGAGACCUACGAGGUCUUCAGUGACCUUCUGGACCCCAUCAUCGAAGACCGCCACGGGGGCUACAAACCCGAUGACAAGCACAAGACCGACCUGGACCCGGAGAACCUGCAGGGCGGAGACGAUCUGGAUCCAAACUACGUUCUGAGCUCUCGGGUUCGGACCGGCCGGAGCAUCCGCGGCUUCUGCUUGCCGCCUCACUGCAGCCGGGGAGAGCGCCGCGCCAUCGAGGACCUCUCCAUCCAAAGUCUGGACGUCCUGGACGGCGAUUUGAAAGGUCACUACUACGCCCUGAAGAACAUGACGGAGGAGGAACAGCAGCAGCUGAUCGACGAUCACUUCCUGUUUGACAAACCCGUCUCGCCGCUGCUGCUGGCAUCCGGCAUGGCUCGCGAUUGGCCCGACGGUCGCGGCAUCUGGCACAACGACAACAAGACCUUCUUGGUGUGGGUCAACGAGGAAGACCACCUGCGCGUCAUCAGCAUGCAGAAAGGCGGCAACAUGAGGGAGGUCUUCAACCGGUUCUGCACUGGACUCACCAAGAUCGAGUCCCUCUUCAAGGACCGAGGUCACGAGUUCAUGUGGAACGAGCACCUGGGCUACGUUCUCACGUGCCCGUCCAACCUGGGAACCGGCCUGCGCGCCGGGGUCCACGUCAAGCUUCCCAACCUCAGCAAGCACGAGCUGUUUGGUGAAACCCUCAAACGUCUCAGGCUGCAGAAGAGAGGCACAGGGGGCGUGGACACGGCAGCGGUGGGCGGAGUCUUCGACAUCUCCAACGCGGACCGCUUGGGCUUCUCCGAAGUGGAGCUGGUCCAGAUGGUGGUGGACGGCGUCAACCUCCUGGUGGAGAUGGAGAAACGCCUGGAGGCCGGAGACGCCAUCGACGACCUGAUGCCCGAGCAAAAGUGAACCUUUCGCCUGUGACACCUUGCACCCCCCCCCCCACCCCUCACGUAUACUCUCGCGCCCGUAACCACGCCGACCCCCCCACUUUAAGCAGAACCUGUCUUACGGGAUGUUAGUGAGCCACGUAGAUGUCUGACUCCUCCUUGAUUUUCUAGUUCCUGUUUGGAGCAAGUGAAACAUCCCAUAAUAAUAAUAAUAAAGUGACGCUAAUAAUAAUACUGACAAUAAUGAUAAUAAAGUCUGUGAAAUCCCUCAA